AUGGACGAGCGUCUCCCAAAGCUGCCUCUCCUCUCAUCCUGCACCUCCCCGGGCCAGUCUCCUGGUAGCAGCGGGACAGAUGACAGCAGAGGGGCCAAAAGCCCUGCUCCUGGCAAGGCCAUGAGCCCAACCCUGGUGUGUAAGGUCUGUGGGGACACGAGCAGUGGCAAGCACUACGGCAUCUACGCAUGCAACGGUUGCAGUGGCUUCUUCAAACGCAGCGUCAGGCGGAGGCUCAUCUACAGAUGCCAGGCAGGUACUGGCAUGUGUCCUGUUGAUAAAGCCCAUCGGAACCAGUGCCAGGCCUGUCGCUUGAAGAAGUGUCUCCAGGCUGGCAUGAACAAGGAUGCAGUCCAGAAUGAGCGUCAGCCCCGCAGCACUGCUCAGGUGCGUUUCGACUCGCUGGACAUCGACCCAGAGAAAGAGCACCUGGCCACCACGCGAGAGCCCACCACCUGCUCCUCCUCCUCAUCUUCCUCGGCGUCAGCUUGUGCUUCCGUCGUCUCGCGGCCCUUCAUCGCCUCCGCCGUGAGCUCCUCGGCUCAGACGCAGCACGCCGCCUCCAGCCCCCAGAACAACCACCGCUUCAUGGCCAGCCUGAUGACCGCUGAGACAUGUGCCAAGUUGGAGCCGGAGGAUGUUGAUGAGAACAUCGAUGUGACAAGCAACGAGCCGGAGAGGGCGUCCUCAGACUAUCACAUGUCCCUGUACCAGUCCAGCAGCCCUGAGAACGUGUACGAGACCUCAGCUCGCCUCCUCUUCAUGUCUGUGAAAUGGGCCAAGAACCUGCCCGUCUUCUCCAAUCUGCCCUUCAGAGAUCAGGUGAUUCUUCUUGAGGAGGCUUGGAGUGAACUCUUCCUGCUGUGUGCCAUCCAGUGGUCACUGCCACUGGAGAGCUGCCCUCUACUCUCACUGCCGGAUCUGGCUCCCAGCAUGUCUUGCAAGACCACGCUACCUGGCGUGGAUGUGCGUUUGCUCCAGGAAAUCUUCAGCCGCUUCCGCACCUUGAUCCCUGACCCCACUGAGCUGGCCUGCCUCAAAGCAAUCGUCCUGUUCAAGCCAGAGGCUCGAGGUCUAAAGGACCCUGAUCAGGUGGAGAACUUGCAGGACCAAUCACAAGUGAUGCUUGGCCAACACAUCCGUGCACAUUACCCAGGCCAACCUGCCAGGUUUGGGAGGCUGCUGUUGCUGCUGCCAUCUUUGAGGCUGGUGAGCUCAGAGCGGAUUGAGCUCCUCUUCUUCCACCGCACCAUUGGGAACACGCCCAUGGAGAAACUCCUGUGUGACAUGUUCAAGAACUAG